AGCUCAUCAUCGCCCACCCCUCCUCACAUUUAACACCACCACCUCAAAAACGGCAAGCGCAUGGCAUGACCACCGCCUCCUUCACCACCACCACCACCAUCACCGCCUCCUUCUCCAUCUCAAGAACUCACACCACCACCGCCACCGGCCCACCGGCACUGCUCCUUGGACCACCACAACUGGUGCAGCAGAGGAGGCGCGUGCGCGUGCGCGAUGGGCAACUGCCAGGCGGCGGAGGCGGCGGCGGUCAUCAUCCAGCACCCCGGUGGGAAGGUGGAGCGGCUCUACUGGUCCACCACCGCCGCCGAAGUCAUGCGGACAAACCCGGGGCACUACGUCGCCCUCGUCAUCCUCCGCAUCUCGGCCUCUGACAAGACCGCCGGGGACGGCGCGGCGGCGGCAGGUGCCGCGGCAGGCGGGGCCAAGAUCACCAGGGUCAAGCUCCUCAAGCCCAAGGACACGCUGCUCCUCGGCCAGGUCUACCGCCUCAUCACCACGCAAGAGGUGACGAAGGCGCUUCGGGCGAGGAAGAACGAGAAGAUGCAGCGUUGCGAGGCCAUCAGGCAGCAGCACGAGCAGCUCCGGCGCGGCGACCUCGGUGACGGGGCGGACCAGCGCUCUUCCAACCGGGACGGGAAGAUGGAGAAGGACUGGCACCGGGGCGCCGGCGCGUCCGGGAGAGGCCGGCACUGGCGCCCGGCGCUGCAGAGCAUCGCCGAGGCCGCGAGCCAGAGCAGCAGCUUCUCUGAAUCCAACACGAGCUAAUGCUACUGACCAGACUGUACCAUCUGGUUUUCUUUCUCCUUUUUUUUUCCUUUUGGUUUAUGCUUGCUUGUUAGUAUAAAGUACUUGAACCAAGCCAGAAAAAGAAUGUAAAUCAGAGUGUCAGAGCAGGAUCAAUAGGAAGCUUGUUUCAUCUCUCAUGUAAUUUGGCAUGGUGAAACUCAAACUCAGUGUUCAAAUCAAUGGAGUGGUUUGCAAAAGUUGCAA